AUGCAACAGCAGAAGGGUUUGCUUGCUUCCUGUGGUAUAUUACGUUUUCUUUCACUGCGGACUAAAAGUUCUAUUAUCAUCGAGAACCCGUCGGCAGAGAUGUUGCCAUGGAAAGGUAGAAUCGUGGAGCCACGUUCAAUGAAAAUGAAAUUGGAGGAAGGCAAAACUUAUCGUUGGUGCAGUUGUGGUCUUAGUUGUGAGCAGCCAUGGUGUAAUGACGAAUGUAAAAGGCCAGGCUUAACUUCGCUUCGGCCAGUUGAGUUCAAAGUCGAAAAAAGUGGUAUUUACUCUUUGUGCAAUUGUAAGCAAACUGAAGCCCGACCUCUCUGUGACGGAGCUCAUAAACAUGUUUCUAAACGACCGCGUUAUUUGGAUGCGACAAUGAUGAUCGAUUUUCAUGAUUCGCCUGCCUAUCACGGAGUUGCUUAUAAAUUGGGAUACAGACCUAAAAAUGGGUUUCAGCAGUAA